GGGGAGAGACAACGGAUACGUUUGGCCGCGUUGAGUCAGUCGAAGACGACCGAAGCUGCGCACGCGACGCUUGUGUGCGUGUGGCUCAGUGCCAUCAUUGGCAUCAUUGGUGGGAGCUCUUGCACCUUGUCAGUGGUGCUGGGGCGAUACAAGGCCGACAGGCUGCUUACCAUCAGAAUAGAAGGAAGAAAGGAACUCUAGCACUUACUAAUUUAACCUCAAUAAUCUUCAGAACAAGAUACUAUUUGCAUUUAAAGUAACAACAAUCGGCAACAGCUAGUUUUGUAAUCAACUUUCAGAUUAUCUCGCGACAUACGGGGAGUGUUGAAGAGAUAAAAUCUGGAGAAAUAAUUAGUACGCGUGAUAAAUAUGCCUUCUUUGUGCGACACGGAUAUCGAAGAUUUCGGAGAAUUGAUCACAUCGUUAGAGCUAGUUCCCAAAGUAAGUAAACACUCGAAGGAUGUCAGGAUACGACGGAUAUUAAGAAAGCAGGAAUCUCAGCAAGCACCGGAACCGUCUAUCUUGUCGAGCAUAAUACCCGGUACGCAGACGAUCUAUGUGAAAACAUGGGGUUGCACCCACAACAGUUCGGAUACCGAAUAUAUGGCUGGUCAACUUGCGGCGCAGGGUUACAAUCUGACCGACGAUAAGCUCAAAGCGAAUCUGUGGAUUUUGAAUUCAUGCACAGUCAAAAGUCCCGCGGAGGAUCAGUUCAGAAAUGAGAUUGGGAAUGGGAAGAAAUUGGGCAAACAUAUCGUGGUCACAGGAUGCGUGCCACAAGGCGCUCCAAAGUCUUCCUUUCUCAAGGGACUGAGCAUGAUAGGUGUGCAACAGAUUGAUCGAGUGGUGGAGGUCGUGGAGGAGACAUUGAAGGGUCACACGGUAAGAUUUCUGCAGACGAAGAAGAAUUCGACGGGUAAGAAGAUUGGCGGCUCUACGUUAGAUCUGCCGAAGAUACGGAAGAAUCCGCUGAUCGAGAUCAUAGCUAUCAGCACGGGCUGUCUGAAUCAGUGCACCUACUGUAAGACGAGACACGCGCGAGGGCAGUUGGGAAGUUACCCGCCGGAGGAGAUCAUCGCACGGGCAGUGCGAGCGUUUGAGGAGGACGUCCGCGAGUUGUGGAUCACAUCGGAGGACACCGGCGCUUACGGCCGAGACAUCGGCACCAAUUUGCCGGAGCUACUGUGGCGGCUGAUCGACGUGAUCCCCGAGAAUUGCAUGAUGCGCAUCGGUAUGACCAAUCCGCCGUACAUUCUGGAGCACCUCGAUGAAAUGGCCAAGAUCCUGAAGCAUCCUCGAGUCUACAGCUUCUUGCACAUUCCGGUGCAGUCCGGCAGCGAUCAGGUAUUGGCGGACAUGAAGCGCGAGUACACGCGCGCCGAUUUCGAGCACGUGGUGAAUUACCUGAGAGAGCGAGUGCCGGAUCUUACCAUCGCCACGGAUAUCAUCUGCGGCUUUCCCAGUGAAACGGAAGAGGAUUUCGAGGAGACAUUGACACUCUGUAGAAAAUACAAGUUCCCGAGUCUCUUUAUCAAUCAGUUCUUCCCCCGGCCUGGCACACCCGCCGCCAGGAUGCCGAGAGUGCCCACGCAGCAAGUCAAGGCGAGGACGAAGAAGCUGACGGAAUUGUUUUAUUCCUACGAACCGUACGAAGAAGAGGUCGGUAAAUUGUGUCACGUCCUGGUGACGGAGGUGGCGCACGACAAGCUACAUUACGUGGGUCACAACAAAUUCUACGGACAGGUGUUGCUACCCAAGAGAGAGGAGUAUAUGGGAACGAUGAUCUUGGUGAGGAUUACCGAGGCAACCAAGUUCUCGAUGAAGGGGGAACACGUAAAAGAACAUCCCCCAAAAUCCAGGAUUUUUCCUCUAUCGUUUCCGCCUCCGUCGCGAAGGAUUCUAAAGGUCUCCGGAGAACCAUGCGAGACGAAACCGCCGAGACACGUGACUGCGACGCUUUUGACGAUCUUUCUCGCAGUGAUGCUCAGAAUGCUAUGGAAAUGCUUGCAUUAUUACGAACUUUUCUGAUUAGAUAAUUCAAUACGGCAUUCCACAUGUCGACUGGUGGAAAUUCUGUGAAAUAGGUCUUUCUUUCAUAUUUGAAUCAUAGACGCGUAUGAUCUCACGAAAAGAUUUAUUUAACGCAAACACGAAUCUUGUAGAUUUCGAAUGAAAUAAAAAAUGCAAGUACGUGAAAGAAACGUUAUACUUAAUUAACAAUAAGGAACGUACCCUGAACGGGCUUACAAUGUUUGAUUAUCUUAACGCAGAUAUACACCAACAUCUUUCGUAGAGACCCGUAUACACUUGCGUUUUCUUAAAUCGGUCCGACGCGUGAAAUUUUCAAUUGUAAAACAAUAUAUAAUCAAGAGUAUUGAGCA